AAGCUUCGGCCAUCUUCGGUGCUGAUCGACAUACUUCGUGCGAUUCCUCGGCAUACUUGCUCUGUCUGCUGUUCUAUCUGGUGUCAAUGAGAAUUCAGUGGGGGAGUUCAGUCGUCGUUGCGCGCUCGUUUAGGUUGCGUCGGGUUUGUGUUAAUUUAGUAUCUUGGUAUUGUGCAUGUAAAUGUAUAUUAUAAUCAAAUAUCGGUUAAAAUUCAAUUCCGCGCAAUACUAUUAUUAGUUCAGCAUAACAUUACUUUUGUGAUUUCUCGUAAAUUGCUGAAGAAUAUGUACAAAAAGCUUAGAUUAUUACUUUUAAGUGGUUCUCUACUGAUGUUCUUCAGUAGUUUCGCCACUUCCGAGGAAAAUUUCGAGACAGUUCAUACAAGCAACGCGGCUGUUCUAAACAGACUCGGCCUGACACCUCUUCAAAUACCUGAUGGACAUCACAAGAAGCGAUUAGCUGGUCCUGAGCCACCAGGACUCGACUCGCAGAUGCGUAUACAUCAACCUUACAAUCAUCGUCACGGACACCGCGACAGCCACAUUUACAUUGUGAAACUUCCAGCCAGUCCGCCAUAUUACACUAUUAUAAAGCCGCACAAAUCUGUCAACGGUGACAAAAAAACUAAGACCGAUCUAAAUUUUCCAAUGGGAUUCCAAGGAAACGGUAGACCUGCCAAAAUUUAUCAUUGGAAUUUACCAAUUGUAAAGAAAAUGACGGAGAAAAAGGGUCUUCAAUUAAGUCAACUGAAGCUCGAUCAGGCUAGAAAAACACUGGAGGAUAUGAAGAAACGGCAACAAAUAUCUUCCACAAAAGCUAUAUUGAAUAAGUUUUAUUCUCUUGAUACAACCAAAAAUUAUGAGCAUUAUACCGCUGAUAAUAAACUACGUUUACAUCAAAAGCCGACAAUGACGAAGUACGUCAGGAACAAUGAUAAAAGGCUUAGUUAUCCAGAGAGUGAUAAUGACAAUAUUAAAUUUAAAUUAACGAAAAAAAACGAUACUAGCAACAAAGCCUAUAGAUUAGAUUUAUCAGACGAACUGAAUAUACCUAGGAUCCAUUUAAUCAAUGAAUUUUAUAACUUGAGAAACUCUAUGUCAAAGAUGAAGAAACAUAGAAAGAAAGCUGCUAUGUCAUAUUACGCGCCAAUCGCUACCAAAACGGGUUCUACCAGCAUUCACAAGAACUUCCCCGGAAAUGGCAAGCCUAAAGCAUUCUACAUUAUGGAGAAAAGUCGCAAGCCAAUAUAUUAUCAUCCUCUUCUACCUUAAUCUUUGACUGUUUCGCGUAACUGUGCAUAUUCGUGUAAUAUCCCAAAAUGAUUCGUAAGCCUGUUAGCUUAAGUAAGUAUUAUUCUUUUGUACAGGAUCAGGAGUCAUCAUUAGAAUAGACAGUAAUAAAAUACAAAAAAAGAAUGAGAGAAAGAGAGAGAAAAAGA